UUGCAAGGCAUGAUUGUUGUAGGAAGUGUCUAGUUUUUUUUUCUCCUCCGAGCCGGGCUAUUCAAACCUGCAAAUCUAAGUAAACAAUCAUUCGAGCACUUAAUGCAAAUAAACGGGUGGCAUAUUUGCAUGGGUUAUGAUCGACUCAUUUUCGGUAGAGAUUUUGUCUGCAAAUUUGGGGUCUGCAGAAUAUGGCGUCCUGUCCUUAUAAAAAUAAGACGGGCUGCCAUUUUUGUUUUCCUUUUGUCUGAAAUUUUUAAUAAAACUGUCUGAGAAUGUGGGAGAGGCUACAGCGGGCAGAGAUGGAGCCGAGUUUCUUAAGCGUCUAAAUGUUCGCGUCUGUCUAUUGCAAAUCUUUAAUUUGAAAAAGGAAAAUAUAGAAAUUGGAAAUAAUCGCGGUGAUACCGAUAGAGCAAAAGCUGAAAAGAAUGGCGGAGCCUCGGUUUAAUAACCCAUAUUUCUGGCCUCCACCUCCUUCCAUGCCUGGGCAGCUGGAUAACCUGGUGCUCAUCAACAAGAUUAAAGAGCAGCUGAUGGCGGAGAAGAUCAGACCUCCACACCUGCCGCCCACAACCGGCGCUUCCCAGCAGCCUUUGCUGAUGCAGGCCACGUCCACAGAGGCAGGGCAGCAUGCGAUGACAGUGCCCAAACUACAGCAGAUGCCCGGCCUUCAUGCCCACAGUCCCUCACAGCCUGAUGUGGCCCUUCAUGCCAGACCAGCCUCCAGCACUGUGGCAGGUCGAAUUCUUGGUGAUGUAAACUUGAAUCUGGAUGACAAAACGGCUCUGAAAGCCAGAGGACUAUGGGAAGACUGGCAUUUGCGUCAGAUUAUUGACCAGCCAAGGACAAACCACCUGUCAGGUUUGGCCCUGGCCUCUCGUUCAUCCAAUCACACAUCUUCAGAGGCAAUCACUCCCACUACUCCUACUUCAAGCGGCCAGAUCCGAUUGGGCGGGACCCCAUCUCACAAUGUCCUCUCAGGAUUGGCCAGCAGCGCUGGCAUGGAGCCAAUCAAAAGUGGCGGGAGUCUGGCUGGGUUAUUGGGACCACCCCCUAAAAUGGAUCGAGGCCGGAAAAAGAUUAAGGCAGAGAACCCGUCGGGCCCUCUUUUCGUGGUUCCUUACCCAAUCCUAGCAUCAGGAACGGAUCAACCUGUCACAAUCACUGCCAAAGAAGGGAAAACAUACAGGUGUAAAAGUUGCCCGCUGACGUUCUUCUCCAAGUCGGACAUGCAGAUCCACUCGAAGUCCCACACAGAGGCGAAGCCUCAUAAAUGUCCCCAUUGCACCAAGUCCUUUGCCAACGCUUCCUACCUGGCUCAGCAUCUCCGCAUUCACCUGGGCAUAAAGCCUUACCACUGCUCUUACUGUGAGAAAUCCUUCCGCCAACUCUCCCAUCUACAGCAGCACACCAGAAUCCACACUGGCGAUCGACCAUAUAAGUGUGCUCACCCAGGCUGUGAAAAGGCCUUCACUCAACUCUCCAACCUGCAAUCCCAUCAGAGACAGCACAAUAAAGACAAGCCCUACAAAUGCCCCCACUGCUUCCGUGCCUACUCCGACUCAGCCUCUCUCCAGAUCCACUUGUCUGCACACGCCAUCAAAAAUGCCAAGGCCUACGCUUGCAGCAUGUGUGGCAGGGCGUACACCUCAGAGACGUACCUAAUGAAGCACAUGUCCAAGCACACGGUCGUAGAACAUCUGGUGAGCCACCAUUCCCCUCAGAGGACGGACUCACCCGGUAUUCCCAUACGGAUCUCCCUCAUCUAGUUCUCACCCACACCUAGUUCCGGUUGUCGCUCAUCUGAGUUCCCACGUCUGAAUCCCGUUCUCCCUCAUCUGAGAUCCCACGUCUGAAUUCUGUUCUCCCUCGCCUGAGUUCCGGUUCUUCUGCACCUAAGUUCCGGUUCUCCCUCAUCUGACUUCCAGAUUUUCUCAUUCCAGCUGUUCUCUGACUUCAGCUCUCCCCUCCUCUGCUAUCCCACAGAGGGGCCUCUUUUGAAGGUCCACCUUUUAUCACCCGUCUUCUCAUGGCU